AAAAAAUGGACAAAGAAGAGAUACUCUAUCUAGGCUUCAAUCAGAAUGCAGGCUGCUUCACAUGUGGGACUAACACUGGCUUCAAGAUAUUCAACACUUAUCCCUAUAAAGAUACAUUUAGCAGAGAGUUUGAUGGCGGAAUCGGUAUUGUUGAGAUGCUUUUCAGAUGUAACAUUCUUGCAAUUGUGGGAGGCGGAAGCCAUCCAAAAUACCCUACUAAUAAAGUAAUGCUUUGGGAUGACCAUCAGCAGAAAUGUAUAGGAGAGUUGUCCUUCAAAGACCAUGUAAAAGCAGUUAGACUUAGAAAAGAUAAAGUUAUUGUUGUACUAGAGACAAGAAUAUAUAUUUAUAAUUUUGGAGACCUUAAGCUGAUCGAUGCCAUUGAAACUAUUGAUAAUCCUAAAGGCCUCUGAUCAGUUAGUUAUUCAGCCGAUAAGACAUUCCUAGCAUGCCUAGGUAAAGGGAAAGGAUGGAUUCGAGUUAAUAUUUAUGACGACAUUGAUAUGGAAGAGUCUCACUCAAUAGAAGCUCAUAAUUCGUCAGUGUCCUGAGUUACACUAAACUUUGAUGGGACCCUCCUUGCUACAGCAAGUGAUAAAGGGACAAUCAUCAGGCUUUUCAACCCAGCUACUGGAGAAGCCCUUCAAGAACUGAGAAGGGGCUCUGAUAAAGCUGAAAUUUAUAGCCUGACAAUUGAUGUCAACUCUAAGUGGUUAGGAUGCACAUCUGAUAAAGGGACUGUUCACAUUUUCUCCCUCAGUCGUUUGGGAAUUAAGCAUCUCAAAAGGGAAGAUGAGGAUGAAGAAGAGGUUAAGGAAGAAGCAGUAGCAACAAAACCUAAAAACAAUAAACACGUUUUUAGGUUCAUGAAAAAGUUCUCCAAAUAUUUUGAUUCUGAAUGGAGCUUCGCUAAAUUCAGAAUAACCGAUUCUCGAACAAUCUGUGCAUUCACCAAAGAGAACAAUUUAGUGGUUAUUUCAGCAGAUGGAGCUUACUAUCUAGCAAGACUCGACUCUAAGAAUGGUGGUGAAUGUAAGAAAAUCGAAGAGAAAAACUUUGUCUAACCCUCUUUCACAAAUGGCUAUAGUCGUUGAACUUGUUUUAGAGCCAUAUC